AUGGGCAAGAAGCAACCCUCUCUCGAGGGCCACAAGUCUGGUCAGGCCAACGAGCCUCUCUCCAAGCCCGCCCAUGCCCUUGGUUGGAAACAGGUCGUCGAGGAGGUCAAGUGCAACGCCGAGGAUGGUCUGACCACUUCCGAAGCAAAGUCCCGACACGAGAAGUAUGGUAACAACGACCUGGGCGACGAUGGAGGUGUAUCACCGGCCAAGAUCCUGCUAAGGCAGGUCGCCAACGCCAUGACACUGAUUCUGAUUGCCGCCAUGGCUGUCUCAUUCGCUAUCAAAUCGUGGGUUGAAGGUGGUGUAGUGACUGCCAUCAUUAUCCUAAACGUUGUCAUCGGUUUCGUACAAGAGUUCAACGCUGAAAAGACCAUGGACUCUCUUCGGUCAUUGUCUUCGCCUACAGCUACUGCCGCCCGAGACGGAAAGACGGUCACUAUCCCAACCAUCGAGGUGGUGCCUGGCGACUUGAUCGAGUUGAAGACGGGUGACACCGUCCCAGCCGAUAUUCGCAUCAUCGAAGCUCUGAACUUUGAAACCGACGAAGCCCUGCUUACCGGAGAAUCGCUUCCUGUCUCCAAGGAUGGUGACGCCAUCUUUGACGAGGACACUGGCCCUGGCGACCGUCUCAACAUUGCCUACAGCUCCUCAACCGUCACCAAGGGACGUGCCCGUGGCGUUGUCUUUGCCACUGGUAUGUACACUGAAAUUGGUUCCAUCGCAAUGUCCCUCCGUCAGAAAGGGUCGCGCGUCCGUGAGGUCAAGCGCAAGCCCAAUGGCAAGGCUAAGCCGCAUCGCUAUGCUCAAGCCUGGUCCUUGACUGCAGCUGACAUGGUUGGCCACUUCCUUGGUGUCAACGUCGGUACUCCGUUGCAGAAGAAGCUCGCACGUCUCGCCAUCCUCUUGUUCGGCGUUGCGGUUGUUUGUGCUAUCAUUGUGCUCGCCGCCAACAGCUUCUCGAACAACAGCGAGGUCAUCAUCUAUGCCGUUGCUACUGGUCUUUCCAUGAUCCCCGCCUCCCUCACAGUCGUCCUUACAAUCACCAUGGCUGCUGGUACGAAGCGCAUGGUGCAGCGUCACGUUAUUGUGCGCAACCUGAAGUCCCUUGAGGCUCUCGGUGGUGUCACUGAUAUUUGUUCCGACAAGACUGGUACCCUCACUCAAGGAAAGAUGGUUGCGAAGAAGGCAUGGAUUCCUGCCAAGGGAACCUAUUCUGUUGGACAGUCGGACGAGCCACACAACCCCACGAUUGGAGACUUGACUUUCAACCCCAAGCAACCCCGACACAUUGACGCUGAUAUGGACGAGAAGACUGCGACUUACGAGGAGCUUCUACAGAACAACCAUCACCUUGUGGACUAUCUCAAGGUUGCAUCGCUCGCUAACCUGGCUCACGUUCACCAGACUGACCAAGGUCAAUGGAACGCACGAGGUGACCCUACGGAAAUUGCUAUUCAGGUUUUUGCAUCUCGCUUCAAAUGGAACCGUCUCGAAUAUACCGGUGGUGAUUCACCUGCCUGGAAGCAGCUCGCGGAAUUUCCCUUUGACUCGGACGUCAAGAAAAUGUCCGUCAUCUUCGAAGAGGUUGCUACCAGUAAGAAGUACGUCUUCACCAAGGGUGCCGUUGAGCGAGUCAUCUACUCAUGCACACGUGUCUUCAACGAUGAGAGCGAGACAGGUGUUGAACUAGACGAUGACUAUCGUGAGGAGAUCUUGGCCAACAUGGAAUCGCUCGCGGCUAUGGGACUCCGUGUUCUGGCUCUUGCUAGCAAGGAGUAUGAAGGACCUUCGCCCAACAAAGGUGAGGAGCUGGACCGUGAGGGCAUUGAGAACAACCUUAUCUUCCGUGGCCUCGUCGGUUUGUAUGAUCCGCCCAGACCCGAGACAGCGGGCUCUGUUCGUCAGUGCCAGAAGGCAGGUAUCGAAGUCCACAUGCUUACUGGUGACCACCCUGGAACUGCUCGUGCCAUCGCUAUUGAAGUCGGCAUUGUGCCCUCCAACAUGGGAACCCUUCCCAAGGAAACGACCGACGCCAUGGUCAUGACAGCAUCGCAGUUCGACAAGCUCAGCGAUGACGAGAUCGAUGCUCUCCCACUUCUCCCACUGGUUAUUGCUCGCUGCGCCCCGAACACCAAGGUCCGUAUGAUUGACGCCCUGCACCGACGGAAGGCCUUUACUGGUAUGACUGGCGACGGUGUCAAUGACUCUCCCUCAUUGAAGCGCUCAGAUGUGGGUAUCGGAAUGGGAACAGGAUCCGACGUGGCCAAAGACGCUUCUGAUAUCGUUUUGACUGACGACAACUUUGCCUCUAUUCUCAACGCGAUUGAGGAGGGUCGUCGCAUGUUUGACAACAUCCAAAAGUUUAUUCUUCACUUGCUCGCUCAAAACAUUGCGCAGGCAUGUGUUUUACUUAUCGGUCUUGCAUUCAAGGAUGAGAGUGGGCUUUCCGUCUUCCCUGUAUCUCCGGUUGAAGUCAUGUGGAUCAUCAUGAUCACGUCGUCUCUUCCCGACAUGGGUCUCGGUUUCGAGGUGGCUGCUCCAGAUAUCCUCAACCGACCUCCGCAGAAUCUCAAGCGUGGUGUCUUCACCCUCGAGGUCAUUCUUGACAUGUUUGUCUACGGUCUCUGGAUUGCCGCCCUUUGCCUUGGCUCUUUCUCUCUUGUCAUGUUUGGCUUUGGCGAUGGCAACCUCGGAAACAACUGCAACGAGUCGUACAACCCUAGCUGUGAGACCGUAUUCCGUGCUCGUGCGACCACCUUUGCCUGCCUUACGUGGUUCUCGGUGUUCCUGGCAUGGCAAAUGCUGGACAUGCGCCGCUCGUUCUUCCGGAUGCAGCCUGGAUCGAAGAGAUACUUUACGCAGUGGGCUUUCGAUGUGUGGCGCAACAAGUUCCUCUUCUUCUCCAUUGUCUUCGCCUUUGUCACCAUCUUCCCUGUCCUAUAUAUCCCUGUUAUCAACGACACGGUGUUUAGGCACAAGGGCAUCAGCUGGGAGUGGGCCAUUGUCUUCAUUGCCACAUUCCUCUUCUUCCUCGGUAUCGAGUCGUGGAAGUGGGGCAAGCGAGUCUACUUCAGGAGGGUUGAGGCGAAGACUGGCGGUGGCAGAAGGGGCUCGAUUGAUCUUGAGCAGCGGGUAUUCGAGCGGUACCUCAGCACAGCCAUCAGCACCGACAAUGAGGAGGUUGAGAAGAAGUCGACUUCUUAGACGACACGGUAAACAGUGUGUCAUGAUUACACUGGAGCUACACGUCUCCUGAUUGGGAGAUUUAAUGUUUUACGAACAAUGUAUACGUAGGAGAGAGGGUUGGUUUGUUUGGAUUUGCUUGGAUUUGAUUGCGAUACCUCAUGUCCACUGGGCUGCGAUGGAAAGAUAUUUCCUAGUUUUACACGAUACAUAGUAAUGAAGAUAUCAC